AUGGUGAAGGAAGAUGGAGCUGUGUCUCCAAGUGCACAGGAAGAACAUGUNAAUAGGAGUGGAAAGAGCUGCAGGCUGAGGUGGGUGAAUUACUUGAGGCCUGGCCUGAAAAAGGGUCAAUUAACUCCUCAAGAAGAAGGAAUCAUUAUGGAACUGCAUGCCCUUUGGGGAAACAGAUGGUCCACUAUAGCAAGGUACCUGCCUGGAAGAACUGACAAUGAGAUAAAAAACUACUGGAGAACCCAUUUCAAGAAGACUAAGCCUUCUCAUGACACCAACCAACAAAGGAAGAGUAGCCUCAAACUAAAACAACUGCAGCAAAAAACUGAUAGCACAUACAUCAACAAUAAAUUUGCAAAAAACACUAAUCAGACAGAAGUUCCAUAUUCGGGCAGUGUCGACAUUAAUAAUCAUCAGAUGCUACCGAUAUUGUGUAAUGACCAAGAUAGCAAAUCCUGGUCUGAUAUUAUUCCAGUGGAUUUCGACUUGUGGGGUGGAUUAUGGGACACUGAUGAUCCAAAUGGCUCCAGAAAAAUUGAAGUGCAAAAUCCAGCUAAUUAUUAUUAUCAAGGAGAUCAUAUUGUUCCUCAUGAUGUGGAAAAUUGGAUUGGAGGCUAUAUGCUACAUGGCCAAAACCUGUUCCGAGCCAGUUCCGGGUCGGAACCGUCGAUUCCGGGCCGAGGGUUGGAGGGCCCUAAACUGGCCCGAACAUAUGCAUUGGCUGGUUCAAUGAACCAGCCGUUCAGCCAGUUCAAUCGAUUCCAGGCCGUUUUGGACUUGUGUUUUGUGUAUAAUCUCCCUCAGUGA